AUGGCACGUCUCAGUUUGGUUUUUGUAGCAAUUUUCGCAUUGCUGGGAUCGUCGUUUGCAGCUACGCGCGUUGCACGUUCUCCUCACUUUGGAUUUGGCCAAGGUUUUGGCGGAGGUUUUGGUGGCGGUUUUGGCGGUGGAUUUGGUGGUGGAUUUGGUGGUUACCCUCACCCACCCCCACCACCGAUAUAUGGUCCGCGAUUCUAUCCCCCACCGCCACCACCAGGUUUUGGUUACGGCUUAAGCGGAUAUGGCCACCAUGGUGGAUUCUACCCGGGAUAUCCUGGUGGAUACGGUCAAGGAUACCCGGGUCUUGGUGGCUUAAGUAUAGCGAAGAGCGUCAGCAUCAGCACAGGUGGAGGUGCUCAGGCGAAUUCAGAAGCUUUUGGAAAAUAA